AUGAACGGUGGCAGAUUUGACUUUGAUGAUGGCGGUACCUACUGCGGGGGUUGGGAAGAAGGCAAAGCUCACGGGCAUGGUGUUUGCACGGGUCCACAAGGCAAAGGUGAAUAUGCCGGAGCUUGGCAUUACGGUUUCGAGGUAUCUGGGGUUUAUACAUGGCCGUCUGGGAAUACUUACCAAGGGCAAUGGCAGAAUGGGAAACGCCAUGGGCUCGGAGUCGAGCAGCGCGGUCGUUGGAUUUAUAAAGGUGAGUGGACUCAAGGAUACAAAGGCAGAUAUGGACAUCGGUUGUCGAUAACUUCACAAGCUAGAUAUCAGGGUACCUGGUCGGCAGGUUUUCACGAUGGUUAUGGCACCGAAACUUAUGUCGAUGGAGGUGCUUAUCAAGGACAAUGGUUACGUGGUAUGCGACAUGGAUAUGGUAUCCGGAAAAGUGCUCAGCAUAGUGUAGCAGCUAAAUUCCGAUCUCGGUCACGUACUAAUGCAUCCCUAACUUCACUGAGAUCUGAGUACGGCGAAGGUGAGGAGAGCGAGAAGAAGAAUUAUGAUGAAACAAACGAAAAUCGAGGUGGCUUUGUGCUGAAAGCUUGUAGUAAAGCUCCUACUAGACGUCGGUCUCUUUCGGAACGCUCACUGGCUGUUAAGCGAACGAUCCUAAGUGGUUUACGAAUCAAAAAACAACAUUCAACCGGUGAUAUACAUCAACAUGUCACUACCGGAAGUUUAAGAUCAAGCGGUAGCACCGUCAGCUGCACAUCAGAUGAAUCGGAACAUCGGCAAGGACGGGAGAAUCUGGUCGUGUCUGAAGAAAAGCAAAUUGAGCCGAAUACGACUGAAGUUUACAAAGGUGAGUGGAAAAAUGAUAAACGAUGUGGAUUUGGAGUUGGUGAACGAAGCGAUGGCCUGAAAUAUGAAGGGGAAUGGUUCAACAAUCGAAAAUGUGGCUAUGGGAUUACAACGUUUAGAGAUGGCCGGAGAGAAGAAGGAAAGUACAAAAAUAAUGUAUUGAUAUGCUCAAAUCGUAAGAAAGGAUUGCUGUUUGUACGCUCAUCAAGGUUGAAAGAACGUGUUGGAAAUGCUGUUGAAGCUGCCAAUCGUGCUGCCACUAUUGCUCAACAGAAGGCAGACAUAGCUGUAUCACGAACAGCAACAGCUAAGGAACGCUCUGAGCAAGCCGACUAUAUAGCACUGCAAGCUCGUGAAGAUGCUGAUACAGCUAGGAUGUGUGCGAAACAAUUUGCUCCGGAGUUUAGGCAACCGGGUACAGAGGCGAUUCGAGUUCAGAUGAAUUGCCUGCAACAGCAGCAUAAUGCUACUACUACUACUAACACAAACCAUGUCUCUUUCGAUUCACCACCCACUUCCAAAAGUUCCCAUGAAUCGCGUGACCUCACCGAUGAAAUAGUCAUCUUGAAUCCUCCUUCUUUACCAGGUGCCACAUCGGAAGUCAUUCAUUCACCUUCGCAACAAUCGCAUACUCCAGGCGGUACAUUAUACCAACCUCAGCAGCUAAUGGUCAAUCUAGGUUCCUAUCAGCAAGGAAUUGUGGCUAACUCAGAUGUUGAUUACAUAUCUUCAUUUCAGCAGCACCAUCAGUCCAAUCCUGGUGCCUAUCAGAGUAGUUCUGGAUUUCAGACUAGCAGUGUAACAUCAAUCUACCAGCAACAGCAACAAUCACAACAGCAGCAGCACAAUGUUAAUUCAGUUGGCUAUGCGGGUCAGCAACAAACUUCCACAUUUGGUUCAACUUCAUAUCAAAUGUUGCCAAAUGUUUCUUCAUCACAUAAAGUUGCUGGCGGCUAUCAGCCCAACACUCAGCUCCCUGUUAUUUCGGGUACACCUCUACCGGUUGUUCAUGUGCCCUACGUUUCCCCUUCAUCAUCGUAUCACGCAAAUGCAGUGCCUCAUCAUAAUUUCAAUGUAUCACAUCUAUAUCAGCAGAAACAGCAACAGAAUUUGCUUGCUUCAUACCCAGGUACAGGAUUUGCAAUACCAGAACAGCAGUCGUUCAUCUUGCAUUCCGAUAUAACCUCUUUAGACCAACCGAAUAAUACGACUUCUAAUAUUGCUGGUGAAUUACAACAGCGUCAGUUCGGCAAUGGCACUAUGGAUCCACGUUCCAUUGAAAAUAUCAGUCCAGCAUCUUCCAGAAGUUUAUUACAGAAUACGAAUGCUGCUCAAAGCAGCUCACGAAUUUCUCUCAGUGAUGAUCACUACGACCAGUAUAUGAUGUUUGCAAAUACUAGCAGAAGUGGAUUAAUACAUAGGAAUAGGCCUUCACUCACGAGACAACCUUUCGCUGUGCAUGAUAUUUCGCAGAAUUUAUAUAGGCGUUCGACUUUGGCGACGGCUAGUGAUAAACGAUUAGAAAAUGUAGUGAGGCGAGGACGAAGGGGUAGCGGCGGUGAUGAUGAAUUCGAAGAGGCUGAAGGACGGGGCUCAUUGCCAAAUCUAGUCGAACUUAAAGUAACUGGAGUGCAUCUAAGGAGAGAGGAAGCAGCUCGACUUGCUUCGCAACAACGCCAAGAAUUGCAACGCCUUCUUGAGGAAGAACAGUUGUUGCGUAGUAAUCCUCUUCGGUAUUUAUUCCACCCUGCUUUAAAGGCGUGGAUAAUACGAUGGAAAAUGCCGCUCGUACUUUCGGUGGCGAAUAUUUUCCUAUUGAUGGUCUUCUAUAAUCUUCUCACUUACGAAAAACGAACGCGUGAACGCCGAUGA